CUUCAGCUAUAGCAACUGUGUCGCUCCAGGGCUUUUCUUGAAGCCUACUGAGUAUUACCAGCCUUUUAAGUUCUGACUCUAGUGAAUUAGCAUUUCCCUCCUCCCAUGUCACAGAAACACAGCCUUCCGCCAAAAGAAGUAUUAAGUAUUCGUCACUCCAAUAUAUUCCUGUCAUUAGUUAUGACUCUGGAACGAAUCACAUCUUUCCAAAAGCGCAAAAGUGGCAGCCUGGUCAAAGAUACCACGUUUCACAUAAUCGCAUUCACGAGAGUGACUCGAUGAUCCACUCAUUGAAUUGAACAUGUACCUGGUAUAGGCAUCGCAAAUUAUAUAUCAGUAGCUUUUGUCCUUCUUGCAGUGAUCAGAUUAUAAGUCUAUCGCGAUUACAGGAUCCAUCUAUCUUGCCUGCUCACCACAUCAUGGAGAAGCACCAUAUUCUUCCGUCUUCUCAGACGGAAUCUGGUACUACCAAACUCAAUCUUCUAGAUUUACCGCAAGAAAUCCAAGUAUUGAUAAUCUCCCAUCUGAUAUAUCCAGAUGCGCUCUCCCUAAAACACACUAAUCGACACUUCUACUCCUUUGUAUACACCGGUUUACAUUUGAAGAUAGAGUGGCUGAUUCAGAGACGGCGGCUACACUUGGAUUGUCCGAGUGACAGUAAAUGUGAAUUGGGUAGUGAUGUUAGAUUUUGUCGAGGGAGUGUUGCCUUAUUGAUGAAGAGGAGAAGAGAACAUCAAGAAUGUGAUAGUAAGCCAGGAGGGAGGGGAUGCCUGGUACUAGGGAAAAAUAUUUGCGUCGACAAGAAAGAAAGCAAUCAUGUCAAGGCAGUCUGGAGAUAUCUUAAAUCGGGGAUUCCUCUGUGGUUAGUAGUGGUAACAGUUGCUUUGCUGGCCAUUGUCAUAGCUCCGACGAAAAUAUCGCCUAUCACGGGAAACCAUUGAUAUAAAAAGGGGGGUUGUCAUUAAGAUGUAUACUAGGGACCUUCGGAACAAAUCCAUCUUGUAAUAAUGUUUAAUAAACAAGACGGGUGAAAUUAAUGAUGAGGAAAUGAUUCGCAAUUUCUUCCAUCUUAAUAUCUA